CAACUUAUGGCCGCCCGUCUGAGCAGGCAAUUCGUCUCUAAAACUGCCCGCAUUUCGCGCUCCCUGCGGUCGAAUGGCUCCCGCCGUUUAAUGAGCGCCGACGCGGGUGCCCACCACGAGUACAAACCCGGCUCGGACCUGCCUUGGAUUCUUGGCGCCGCUGUUAUCACCGUCCCGACGUUGGGGUAUAUCCUCAAGGACACGUUUGCUAUCAAGGAGCGCAUUGCCGCUGGCGACCACGGUCACGGGCACGGCCAUGACGACUCGCACUCCCAUUCCGAAAAGCACGAAGAGAAGCAUGCGGAGCCGGUUGUGAUGAAGGACGACGAGGGCAAGGAGGCGGAUGUGACGAGCUCGGUCAAGGCAGCGGAGGCUGAAGAUGCCCCCAAAUCAGCUGGCGCGUCGACGGAGGAGUCUUCGGACGCUGCGGCGGCCGAACCUCCAAAAGACGAAAAGGAAAAGGAUGGGGAGAAAGAGGAGAGCAAAUGA